ACUGUCAGUUAUCAAACAAGAUGCGUCAAAUGUAACAAAAAAAGUUAAAAUUAUAUAAGUAAAAAUUAUUUUAAAUUACAAGUGAAAUGCCCAACACGAGGCGUCGGAGGUUUUCCGUACAGAAUGAGAUCGCCGGCCGAGAAAGCAAAUUGCAAAAUGGUUUGCCAAUCAGUCACUCCGACCCCGAUACAGAACUAAAAGUGGUGGCCACAAACAUAGUUGCGACAAAAUCAUCGAGACUUAAAAACAAGGUAUAUGCGAACAGCUCCAAAUGUCAAACUUUGGAGAUUGUAGCAGAAUGUGAAAGUACUAUAUCAGUAAGUACUGUCAAAAAACAAUCAACCGUGACUAUGGACAAAGCUGUAUACGCAAGUUCGAAUACUCUCUUAAAUCCAGAGAAUGCCACUGAAGAAUCAAUCAAUCCUUUAAGUGCUAAUCGAUCAAGAACAGUAGCAACGGCGAUCGAAAUACAGAAGAAAAGAGAUGAGAGGCAAUUGUCUAGAGAGAGAACACCCGCUAGAAGAGACAAGCAUCCACGUCAACAUCGCAUCAAGGUUAGAAGUCCUAAGCGUCGUAUACCACUUAUAGAACAACCGAAUAAUAAAGCAAUAGACAAUAAUAAAAGAACAACAGGAACCACGGCUAUUAACUGGGACUCAGAAGUUGAACUUUGCAGCCCAGACAACGUGAACAAUGUAAUAGAUACUUUCGAAGAAGUGGAGAGGACGAGUAAUCAUUCUAUAGAUGACAUGUGUCGCAUCUGUCAUGGCGGCGAGUCAUUAUCACCAGAACUCGGGCGUUUGAUAUCUGCGUGUUCUUGUCGAGGAACCGUUGGUAGGGUCCAUGUGAAAUGUUUGGAGCGAUGGUUGACCGAAUCAGGGAAAUCUAGAUGCGAAUUGUGUGGGACCCGGUAUGCGACGAGACGCGUGCAUAGGUACGGCGUACCGAGGGCGUUAGUUAUGUGGGUACUGAGCCAAAAUGCUAAACAGUUGAUGGUGGACAGUCUCGGUAUUAUGCUGAUGUCACCUCUCGCAGUGCUGGCCGCGUGGUUGUCAGGACGUACGUUGGCUGGUCUGAUGACGCAAGAGAGUCACGUGACCCCUUGGCCACUAGCCUCCACUUUUGUACUGGCCUGUAUGACACUAGUAUGUUACUACUGCUGGAUAGUGUCAGCAGCGACCCGCCACGCUCUCGGCUGGUGGAUUUGGUACAGAUCUCAAUACGAAGUCAGGCUCCAAAUACAAGAAAACGAAGAUUAAUACUUACACAAAAUAUUUAUUUAUUUCUUGUCGCCCUGCAAUGUUUAUAAUUUUAUAUACCAAUUAUUUUAUGGUUGAGUUAAUAAACGCAAACGUAAACGAUAUCUUUGAGUACAUUUUUAGACCCGAUUGUCUUCAGGCCAGUAGUUAUUGCGUAAGAAAUAAUACAUGCUCCAUAUAAAUUGUGUCAGGGUUCUAUCUUAACCUUUAACUACUGACGUGGGUGUCUCAUAGACGGCGUGUUCACGAAUAUAAGAAUUUUCCAAAAAA